CGGAAUCAAAAAACAUAUAACAAAAGAUGGUGAAGCCGACCAUUGGAAAACCCGAGGAGCAAAGCGAAUCAAAGUACAGAGGGGUCCGAAAGAGGAAGUGGGGCAAAUGGGUAUCCGAAAUAAGACUACCCAACAGCCGCCAGAGGAUUUGGUUGGGAUCCUACGACACUGCCGAGAAGGCGGCGCGUGCUUUCGACGCCGCCAUGUUCUGCUUACGUGGCCGCAACGCUAGGUUUAAUUUCCCUGAUAACCCGCCCGAUAUCGCCGGCGGCAGGUCCAUGACUCCCUCACAAAUUCAGGCCGCCGCAUCCCGUUUUGCCAACUCGGAGCCCCACGAGGGACAUUCGGGUCGACCCGCUUCCACCGAAUCGCCCGUGGGAUGUUCGUCGGAGGGCACAAUUUUGCAUACUGAAUCUCCGUCGCCUUCUCUCUCGGAGGGGACUGUCCAAACGGACAGUGACAUCACCAUGAACGGUUCGUUUCCGGAUUUGUUCACCCCGAUCGGGUCGAGUAGUCAUGCAUCCGAUUAUGAGAUUUUUCCGGGUUUUGAUGAUUUUAGCGGUAAUUUCUACGUGCCCGAAAUGCCAAAUGUUAAUUAUGGAGAAGAAAACAUGGAUGGAUUGAUAGUUGAUGACUCUUUCUUGUGGAAUUUCUGA